CUGCUGCAGCAGAGGAAGAGUUCAACAGCGAGUGAAGAACACCGUGAGAAAGUCAAGAGACCCUGCGCUCACCGAGGCGCAGCGGACCUGAGGUGGCCAUCUGCGGCGAGGAAGGAGAACCGCUGGCGAGGGAUCCGGGAUCUGGGAUCUGUCCCGCCGCCGAGUCCUCUGUCCGUGGAGCGUCGUCCGGUAGACCCGGGCCGAGGUGUCGCUUCUCCGAGGACUCGCCGUCGUCUCGUCCGCUGAGAUCCACCCGGUGUCUCCUGCAUCAUGGGGAACACAGCGACCGCCAAGAAAGGCAAUGAACUGGAGAGCGUGAAAGAGUUUCUAGCCAAAGCCAAAGAAGAUUUCUUGAGAAAAUGGGAAUCACCACCACAGAGCACGACUGGUUUAGAGGACUUCGACAGACUGAAGACGCUGGGCACGGGCUCUUUCGGGAGAGUCAUGCUGGUUAAACACAAGGCCACGGAUCACUUCUAUGCCAUGAAGGUUCUGGACAAACAGAAGGUGGUGAAGUUGAAACAAGUGGAGCAUACGCUAAAUGAGAAGAAAAUAUUACAAGCGGUCUCUUUCCCGUUCCUCGUCCGGCUGGAGUACGCUUUCAAGGACAACUCUAACUUGUAUAUGGUGAUGGAGUAUGUCCCAGGAGGAGAGAUGUUCUCACAUCUCCGACGGAUCGGGAGGUUCAGUGAACCACACGCACGGUUUUACGCUGCACAGAUUGUCCUGACCUUCGAGUACCUCCAUUCUCUAGACCUCAUCUACAGAGACCUGAAGCCUGAAAACCUACUCAUUGACCAGCAUGGAUAUAUACAGGUAACAGACUUUGGUUUUGCAAAAAGAGUAAAAGGCAGAACCUGGACGUUAUGUGGAACUCCAGAGUACUUGGCACCAGAGAUCAUCCUCAGCAAGGGAUACAACAAGGCUGUGGACUGGUGGGCCCUUGGCGUUCUCAUAUAUGAAAUGGCAGCUGGAUAUCCUCCGUUUUUUGCAGACCAGCCUAUUCAGAUCUAUGAGAAGAUAGUGUCUGGAAAGGUACGAUUCCCCUCACACUUCAGUUCUGAUCUGAAAGAUCUGUUGAGGAAUCUGCUGCAGGUGGACCUGACCAAACGCUUCGGCAACCUGAGGAACGGUGUCAGCGAUAUCAAAAACCACAAAUGGUUUGCCACAACGGAUUGGAUAGCCAUCUAUGAGAGAAAGGUGGAGGCGCCCUUCAUCCCAAAGUGCCGAGGUCCUGGAGACACCAGCAACUUUGACGACUACGAAGAGGAAGACAUUCGUGUAUCUGUUACAGAAAAAUGUGCAAAGGAGUUCUCGGAGUUUUAGUUACGGACACAUCAGAGCUAGACAUAUGUAUGCAUAUAUACAUAUAUUUACUUUCCUAUAUAUGUAUAUGUGUGUGUGUGUGUGUGUGUGUGUGUGUGUGCAUCACACAACGCAUCAAAUAAGGGUAUCUAUGCACUCUAAAGAGCUGGGAUGAGCAGAGAGCACAUCACUGUCAGAGUUCUUGUGUACUUCCUUCAUUCCAUCGGGCUUUAGAGGUCAUCUUACCCAUCAUGCACUGGGACAUCGGUUCACUCUCUUCUCGCUUUCACUUUGUCAGACGACCUGUUUGACAUUUGUCCCCAGUCUGACAGUUUGUUUUUUGAAGGAUGGCAUUUAAAUGUUACAGACUUGGGGUGGAAAACUCAAAAAGGCUAAUUCAGCAUUGUUACUGUUUUUUGUUGAUGGCGGCGUCAUAGUGUUAUUUGAAAGCUGGCCGUUGCCUGUACCUAAUGGCAUUUUUGGGGUUACACGUGUUUAAUUUUCACCUUUAGACCAAAACAACUGACACUUUUUUUUUAUUUAUUUAUUUUUUUUAUGUUUGCAUACUUCCAAUUCAAAAUGAAUUUGAUUUACCGUAUUUUCCAGACUCCAGUCACACUUUUUUUUCAUUGUUUGGCUGGUCCUGCGACUUAUAGCGAGGUGCGACUUAUUUAUCAAAAUUAAUUUGACAUGAACCGAGAGAAAUGAACCAAGAGAAAACAUUACCGUCUCCGGCCGCCAGAGGGCGCUCUAUGCGGCUCAGUUUUCCUGUAGUCUACACUGAACACAUAGAGCGCCCUCUUGUGGCUGUAGACGGUAAUGUUUUCUCUUGGUUCUAAAUAAAUGCGACUUAUAGUCCAGUGCGACUUAUGUUUUUUUUCCUCAUCUUGAGGUAUUUUUGGACUCAUGCGACUAAUACUCAGGUGUGACUUACAGUCCGAAAAAUACGGUAAACCACAUUGUGUGUUGAAAGCAUGACCAAAACCAUGGUGUUGUGAACGGCAGAGGAAGAGCUCUUAGCUCCUCUUUAUUACAGAGCGCACAGAUUGAUUGCAUUACAGAUGUUACGGUGAUCUUUAUAUCACGAUGCUACAGUUGAAGGUCCAGUCUCAUGCAUAUACUGACAGAUGUUAUUAGCAAUAUAAAACAUUUUACCACAUUUGUGCAUUGUUAUUCAUUAUACAAAGGUUUCAUUCUGAAAUGUAAGAAAAUCUGUAAAGAUUGUGCUGUUUAUCAUCGGAUAGUUAAGAAAAACAGCAAAUGCAUUGGUCAACUGCUGUAGGAUGAGUUAGAUUGUCACAGUGAGGCACUUAUCCAUUCACCGUUUUUAAUUUGUCAAAGUUGAAGCUGUUUUGCAACUUUCUCUCUUAACUGAAAAUGGUAAAACUGCCCAAACUCCAUGUUGUCUCCUCCACUGUUGCUGUACUUUUGUCGUUCUGUUGUUCAUAUGACCGAAUGUAGAGUUGAAACUUCUAGAUAUGCAUAUUGUUUGAGUUCUGAGAUACAUUCUCACAGACAUAUACUGAGAAACUGACUAUGUUACAGAGAGAGAGAGAAAACGGAGGUUAGUAAGCCUCUUCUCCUUUGUAUCACCUAUAACCCAGUUAUUGUUCAGCUCAAAAUGUGUAAAUGCAUUAUUUCUUAUAAAUGUUUUUAUUUAUACACACAUUAGAGAGAUGCUAAUAAAUUUUAUUUUUAAGA